AUGGUGAAUUUGGAAUCUGGAAAUACUGACCAUCAAGAGAAUAAUUUUGAACAGCGGAAGAAGGCUCUCUUAAAGUUUCUAUUUCAAAAAACAACUCUUUGGGCCAUCAUUACUCUCGGAAUUUGUUGUGUGUUUGGAUUGAGUUCUAUUAUAUUGGGAGGAAUUGCAGACAACUCGGUGGAUUUAACGGAAUUAACUGUACCUGUACCAUGUUUGAUUCAAACUCAUCGGAUGAAUUGCACCAAUGAAUGCAUCAAUAAUGGUUUAGAUAUUGUUCCUAGCAAUACAACUCUAUCUAAUUGCAGAACUUUUUGUAAAUCACAAGUGCUUGUAAUGUUACCAUCGUCAUACAACACGACAACGAGUCAAUUGAAUCAAACACGAAUUACACUGCCGUAUGCGUCUUCAACAACAUUUUUCAAUUAUUCUAUCGGAACGACAACAAAAUGUUUUAUCAAUAUGUACACCAUUAACCAAAACGAUGUAAACACAGCAUUUGCAUAUACCAUUGGACCAAGGUUAGGUAUGAGAGUUGCUGCUAUUGUAUUGGGAUGCAUUGCUCUGGGAUGUUUCGUGUAUUUGGGAGUGUUUGUUGCCUAUGAAUUAGUCAAAUAUUGUACGUCCAAAUAG